AUGGCUGCUGAUCCAUCAUCUCCGGUUGGAUCAGGUGGCUUGUUUGGAGGCAUUGGUGGUAGUGGUUCCCGCGCUGAUGAAUCUGAGUCUCCCAUUUCUGUUCCACAGCCAUCACAUGGGGUUCCUGUUAUCAAUGAAGAGCAAAGUGAGAGCAGUCCAGAGGAAGGAAAUCAAAAAUCUGGGCGCAGAUUGUGGAGUAAGCCUAUGAACCUAAGGCUAGUACGUGCAUGGCUCAACAACUCCAAUGAUCCAAUACAAGGCAUUGAUAAGAAAUAUGAUCACUACUGGAAAGAUGUCGCCAAAGAAUACAACAAGCAUUCACCUAAAGAAGAGCGAAGGUCAGCGGCCGUGUUGAAAAAUCACUGGAAUAGGUAUGCACCUAUAGUGAUGAAGUUCAAUCAUUGUUGGAAUAGAAUGCAAAAUGCACAUGCUAGUGGUGAAUCGGAUGAUCAAAUAAUGGUGAGAGCUCAUGCAGUUUUUAGCAAUGAAAAUUCCGACAAGCCAUUCCUAUUGGAAUAUUGGUGGAGAGAAGUGAAGGGGCAGCCUAAAUGGGAUAGAGUAUACCCACCAAUAGAGAAUAAAAGGACAAAGUUAAAUGCAUCUGGGGCUUAUACCUCUUCUUCAAAUCAAGAUACAGACGAAGCUAGUGCUGAAGUGCAUCGUCGCCCUAUUGGCCAAAAGGCAGCAAAAGCACAAAAAAAAGGAAAAGGGAAAGUAUCAUCACAUUGUUCAGAAGGCUACCUGUCAAAUGAUAUAGUGAACUCUUUCAAUGAUUUCCAACUGAAGAAGUUACAAGCAAUUGAAAAAAUGGCUGAAGCAACAAGUGAGCAUGCUAAAGCCAUCGCUAAGCAAGCUGCAGCAAAUGAGGAGAAGAUAAGGGACAAGAAAUUGAACAAAUACCUAAAGCUAGUCACUGUCGAUACGGCAAGUUUUAGUGCUGAACAAAAGGCUGGACAUGACAUUAUGUUGAAAUGCUUAACUAAGGAAUUGUUUCCUGCAGAUGAAUCUUAG